GCUGCCAACGACGCGGGCGCGAGUGCAGGCGGGGAAGGAAAGCCGGACCUCUCUGGUCCAGCUGGGGCCGUAGCGACCCGGCCAAACGGGGCUGUCCAUUGCUACGGGGUGUUCGGUGUUUCCGGAAUAGACAUGCACCCCGAGGUCUUGGAGCCCACGGCGGACGAGGAAAAGAAACAGGACUGCCUGCAGGAACCGGGUGUGGUGCCUGGCGUGGAGGAGUCUGCGGGUGACCACGGGAAAGCAGGCCAAGGGAGCCGCAAGGAAGAAAUCAAUGAUCCUAAGGAAACAUGUGCAGGUCCUCCUGACACAUCCUACAAAAGUGAGCAGAAACAAAGCGGUGACAGCAGGUUGGACGGUUGCUUAGCACACCAAAGAAAUGACAAGGAAGAUCAAGGCCCCAGAAUGACUAAACACUUCCUGCAGAAACUCUGCAAGCAACACAAGCUGUAUAUCACCCCAGCGUUGAAUGAUACGCUGUAUUUACACUUUAAAGGUUUCGAUCGCAUCGAGAACUUGGAAGAGUACACGGGGCUGCGCUGUCUCUGGCUGGAGUCCAACGGGAUACAGAAAAUCGAGAACCUGGAGGCCCAGACCGAACUGCGUUGCCUCUUCUUGCAAGUGAACUUGCUUCAUAAAAUCGAGAACCUCGAACCCCUGCAGAAACUGGAUGCCCUGAACCUCAGCAACAAUUACAUCAAGACCAUUGAANNNNCAGCCUGUCUGCCAGCCCUGAACACGCUGCAGAUAGCCCACAAUCACCUGGAGACGGUGGAAGACGUCCGGCAUCUGAAGGAGUGCCUGAAGCUCUGCGUCCUGGAUCUUUCCCACAACCGGCUGAGUGACCCAGAGAUCCUGGGCAUCCUGGAGAGCAUUCCUGAUUUGCGUGUCCUGAAUUUGAUGGGAAACCCAGUUAUUAAGAACAUCCCUAACUAUCGAAGGACAGUCACUAUUCGACUAAAACACUUAACGUUCCUGGAUGACAGACCAGUUUUUCCAAAGGACAGAGCUUGCGCAGAGGCCUGGGCUAGGGGAGGGUACGCGGCCGAGAAAGAGGAGAGACAGCAGUGGGAGAACCGGGAACGGAAGAAGAUCACGGACAGCAUCGAAGCCUUGGCGAGGAUCAAGCGGCGGGCUGAGGAGAGGAAGCGGCAGGUGGCGAGCCAAGAGAAAGGGGAGGUGCCAGAGCCAGACAAGAAUGCGAACGUGGAUGUCGAUGAGAAGGGGAAGGAAGAGCCUCAUGAGGAUGGAGAAAGGCAGCAGAAAAUAGAGCUGUUUGUCACGGAAAGCUUUGAGGCCAAGGAUGAGCUCUUCCCAGAAAAGGCGAGUGUGUUAGAGGAGCUGCCUGCAGAUGUCAAAACAGAGAUUGAAGACCAGGAUCCAGAAGGGGUGCUCCCAGCCGAGGCCCCCGAGCCAGCAACCCUUGGAGCUACCUGGGAAGAAUCAGCUCCCCAGAUUGUGGCCACGGAGAACGCUUUGGGUACAGAGCCCGUUGGGCAUGAAGAUUUGGAAACCAUCACGCUGAAGACGGAGGAGAAGCUCUUCAUCGCUGACCUACCCGACUUGGAAGAUGUUGAUACAGGCGAAACUCUGGAAGACAAGGACGAGAUGUGCUUUCCAAAGAUCACAACCAUCUCGGGCUUGAGUGACGACAGUGAUCCUGAGCUGGACGACACCUCCCUCGCGGUGCUGGAGAGCACGUCCACACCCCCCCUUUCCAACAUAUUCGCAAUCUCCAAGGACACCGCCAGGAAGGCUGAGGCGCCCUAUACGCACAUAUUUAAAGCGGCAGCUGAGAGGGACUUGGAGACUCAAAGCAGGGACACCACGUGCCCACGCCCACUGAUUCAGGAGCUUGAUGACGAUGAGCCUUUGGACCAACCACCAACACCCCCAACCUGCAAAGGGGACGCCCCACCACCCCCUUCCAGUGACGGGUACGAUGGCCUACCUUCGGCCUCUCCUCCAGGUAAUGCUGCCCUCUCAAGGCAUUCCCAGGCGGGUGGCAUCUCCGGGCUACUUAGGGGCAUGCAGAUCUUGGCAGUCAGGUUCAGCAUGUGUAGACGGGGCUGGGGAGCCAGCUUUCACCCCUUUCCUCGCCAUCCCAAUCCUCAGCCUUUCCAGACCAAGGCUUCUAAGGGAAGGGGGAGACCGGUGACACCACAGCUGGGAGUGUGGGGACGCAGGCCUGACUGCGUCCCCUCCAUGGUGAAGGUCCAGAAUCAGGCAGGACGGGUGAGACAGUGCUGGGCGGGAGGGAGGUUGUCCAGGCAGGGACAGUGGUGA